AUGGCCAAGGCACCUUCGGAACCGCACACGAAACUUCCCCCCAUCUCACAAGGCUCCAAGAUUCAAAAGCGUCCCCUGAAUAAACCUCAACUCCAAGCAUCCUCUAAAUCUCCUACCAUAUAUAUAUCCUCACAUACCCCCUUCAUCUCCGCAGUCAAGCGCGUACGCAAACAUCUCACUAGAUCUCUCCGCACCACGGCAGCAGCACCUAAACACGCAUCUCUUCACUCACGCGUAGAGGCUCUACAGCGCAGCACCAACACCGUUCAGGGGAACACUACGCCAAUGGUAGUCACUAUCAUGGGCACAGGCAAGGCUAUCGACAAGACCGCGCGCCUGGCCGGUUGGUUUGAGCAAGAAGGGGACUGUGACGUGCGCCUGCGGACCAAGACGGUUGGGACGGUAGACGAUGUAGUUGUUGAAGAUGGGAAAGGGGAUGAUACGAGCAGGGUCAGGAAAGUGAGCUGUCUGGAGGUGGUUAUCACGUUGAAGUGA